AUGGAGAAGCAAACUAUACUGAAGCACGACGGCAAGCAGGACCCAGUUGACACCACGGGUCUAUGCCUGUUGUCUCUAGAUGGCGGUGGUGUGCGAGGCCUCUCGUCACUCUACAUCUUCAGGCAUGUCAAGCCCGACCGGAGAACUCGAUCUACAAUGCACCUGCCCUCUGUUGCUUCAAAACGAAAACCGCUUUUGAUUACCCUGGCAGCCAAGACACCGCGUUGUUCAGUAUUAAGUCCUUGA